AUGUUUGUUCGGCGCAUUAUUGAUCACAUCCUGAACCAGGUUCUUGUUGAAGGCCUCGCGAACAGUCGCUGGUUCCAGAGGUUCGCCGUAUGGUCACACAAUGCUAUGAAGGAGCUUCAAGCCAAGAGCAAGGACCAUUCAGGGACUCUGGACACACACGUCUCGAGUUUCAUGGAGAUCGCUAAGCAAAAAUCGGCGCAGCUCCGCCAAGAGUUUCAGGAGGAGCUUCGAAAAGUCCAGCAACAGCAGCAACAGAUGAAGCGCUGA